ACACGUGAAAUGCUCGUGCUAAAUACCACGUAGUUGAUGACCCAUCCAUCCGCGGGAAGUCCCCAUGAAAUAUUUUAUCUUUCUCCUCCUCGGCUCCUCCCUCCCCCACACCCAUUUCAUCCACUAUGACGACCUCCAGGCUUCGAGGGUUCGACUCUAUCCCUAACCCUAGCGAGAAUACAAGAAAACAGCGUAUCGAUCUCGGAAACAGCAGCGAGGUCAUCUACAUCCCUCGAUUCGUGCCUCGCGACCAGGCGUGGGAUUGGUUCCAGUAUCUCGACAAAGAGAUCCCAUGGACGAGACCCACGAUUCAUGUCUUCGGCAAAUCUUGUCUCCAGCCCAGAGACACAUGCUAUGUUGCAAGUGAAGGGCUUACUGAAUUAAAAUAUAGUGGAUAUCAGCCUCAUGCAUAUUCUUGGGAUGACUACCCUGUGCUUAAGGACAUUCUGAAGGCGGUCCAUGAAGCACUUCCAGGAAGUAAAUUUAAUAGCUUAUUAUUGAAUAGAUACAAGAGUGGCUCAGACUAUGUGGCCUGGCAUUCUGAUGAUGAGAAGUUGUAUGGACCAACUCCAGAAAUUGCAUCAGUCUCCUUGGGAUGUGAACGAGAAUUUCUAUUGAGGAAGAAGCCAGCCAAAACACCUGAAGCUACUCAAGGCCCUGAAAAAUCAACAGGCAAGCGACCCAAGGGCAGCCCCCCAGACCAGCAUGGCUUUUUGCUGAAGCAUGGCUCUUUGCUCGUGAUGAGAGGCUACAUGCAGAAAGAUUGGGUUCACUCAAUACCCAAGCGCAUGAAAGCUAAUUCUGUUAGGAUCAACCUCACUUUCAGGCUUGUGCUGACCUAAAGAUCUACAGGACAACUACUAACAGAGAUCACUGUUACUGGUUCAAGAAGGAAUUUAUCUGGAUUGUAUGUGGAAACCAAAUAGUCCUCUUGUCCCAAUAUCCUGUACCCCAUUUUAGGUAUUUAAUUUCCCUAUCUGGUUUCUUUAACACCACUUUUGUGGAUAAUUUGGCUCUCACAAUAUUCUAAAUAUAGUUCUUUUGCUGCA